AUGGCGUCGGGUGGUGGCUUCCUGGGCCUCUUAGCCUGCCUCUUGCUGUUUCAGUCAAAGCUCUGUGAGGCUCGGCCAGAUGCCUCUCAGCUCUCUACUUCCGGUUUCCCUUCAGGGCACAGUGACGGCCCAAGGGAGAACCCAUCGCCAUCCCCCUGGGUGCGCAUGCCCAAUGUGACCUACCAGGAGCCUACCAAGCCCUCUCGUUUCGUAUUUACUUUAGUGUGUGGCCAACCCUUUCUGAAAAUCAUGGGAGGAGUGGACGCCGAAGAGGGAAAGUGGCCCUGGCAGGUGAGCGUUCGGAUCAGACACAUGCACAUCUGCGGAGGUUCCCUCAUCAAUGCCCAAUGGGUGCUGACUGCAGCCCAUUGCAUUUACAGCCGAAUCCAGUACAACGUCAAGAUGGGUGAUCGGAGUGUCUACCGCCAAAAUACAAGUCUGGUGAUCCCCAUCCAGAGCAUCAUCGUCCACCCUAAGUUCUCAACUACUGUCGUUGUUAAACAUGACAUCGCCCUUCUCAAGCUCCAGUACCCUGUGAAUUUCACCUCUACCAUCCAUCCUAUCUGCAUCCCUAAGGAGACUUUUUAUGUGGAAGCUGGGACCACCUGCUGGGUGACGGGAUGGGGCUUACCAGACCCAAAUGCACCCAAAGUUCCGACAGAAAUUCUCCAAGAAGUGGACCAAAAGGUCAUCCAUUAUAACGAGUGUAACGGUAUGUUGAAGAAGGCUAUAUCAUCUUCUACCGAUCUAGUCAAGAGAGGGAUGAUCUGUGGCUACAAAGAAAAAGGAAAGGAUUCUUGCCAGGGAGAUUCUGGAGGCCCUAUGUCCUGUGAAUUUAAUGACAGAUGGGUGCAGGUGGGAGUCGUGAGCUGGGGCAUCAGCUGUGGUCGUGAAGGACAUCCUGGAGUGUAUACGGACGUUGCCUUCUACAGCAAGUGGCUGGUGGCAGUGGUGAACCAGGCUGCCCGUUUACAUCCAGCGGUCUUCCUCAUCUCACUACUGUGUUUUCUGACCUUGUGACUUCUCAUGGACAU